AUGAAAAUUCAACCUGAUAGUAUGCCGGAUAAAAAGUGCGGUGAGUAUGGUUAUUUUUAUGAUUGAUUAAUCAUUUGUUUCAAACGAACUAAGGCAUGGAGCAGUGUCAAGCUUGCGGUUGCUCCAACUCGUGGGGACUCGUUGGCGAAUGAUUACGAUUUAGUAUUUCUAUUGCGCAAGUUCACAUGUGGAUGUGAUCAAAUUUUUCUGCAAUCUCUUUAGGUCUACUUUUUGUCUCCGUAUCUCAGUCAGACAACGAUCAAGAAAGUGUAAGUAAAGGGUCAAUCAGAUGCGUUUAAUCUACCCAAUUAAUCAUGGGUUUAUAUUCGGGUGUUUGCGGGUAGUCAAACUAUGUUUGGUAUAUAUUAUUCUUACUUUGGUUGAUUUUUUAUAGAACUGCACUACAAUUAAACUGGCGUGUUCAGGAAUUGUUGUUUGUCCCGAGAUAUUGCAAGGUAAUUAUCGGAUUGAGUAUGGAUGGAUGUAUAUAUAUAUAAACGCAAGAGCAACGUGUUGAUGAAUGGCGAUUACAUUUAAUAACUACCCCUUCCCCCCCCUCCCUCCCUCCCGUGUCGAGGACCUUUGAUUUUGGGUAAUUGACUCCUCUGGAAGAGACGUGGUCCUUUUCUGGACGUGCAUUUUUGUAUUUUAACCCCUCUGGAAACAGCAUUUUCCUCUCAUUUUUCUCCCAAUUACCCGUCUGGAAAAAAUGACUAAUUAACUCCCUUGGAAUUGAGGUCCUCGACAGGGGUGGGGGGCAUGUAAUGGCUCAUUCUUGAACAGUUGAAUACUCUCACAUAUGCAUAUUCGAAUUUUUUAGUUUCAGCUUAUAGUUAACCGCAAUUUAUUCUGACGCAAAACGUGUUUUUGCGAUGCGCAGUCGAGACUGAAUUUGCUUCUAUUGAAUCGAUUGUAGAUAACACUGUACAUACGAGAGUUAUUUUUCUGGCUCAAAUCGAUGUUCAAAAUUCUCUACAGUCAAUGUUAGAAGGCUCUUACAAAUCAGGUUAGUACACUGGAUGGUCGUAUUAUGCAGGCGGCGGAACUUAACGUCCAAUGUAAACAGUUUUAAUACCAUUUUCCCCAGGUAAUUCCAGCUUUUUCUGACGUAUUGUAUCCAAUGUAUCGCUGAACAAGUUAUGAGAUCAUAAAACCAUAGUGUUAUUCUUUAAAUCGAUGUCAAAAUACGUAAUUUCGACACACUCCUUGCCAAUCUCCUUGCCAGCUUCGUGUUAGCCGCGCUGAUAAGAACAACAGAAAGGGACUGGAACUAACAUGCAAUUGCUCUUCAAUUUUCAAUUUUUGGACUCAAGUUCUCACUCCAGAUUGCUCCAGAUAAAUAUGGAGCUCAGUGCUUCCAUGUAGUUUUCUAUUAUUUCUAAAUGGAUUUUCCCUUUCUUGUUGAAGGUCUCUUAAAAAUUGGACUGAGAAAUGCUUUUUCACACGUCAGAAGUAACAUCGAAGAAUACAACAACAUGCUCAGUGGAAUAUAA